CGCGGGGCGUUGGUGCACUUCACCGCUCCCCGCAUUAUAUCACCGCUUUGUCCGUGUUUGCCCGCGCCAUAUUAGAAGGCUGGAGAAGCCAUUCGACCGACGCAAUCGUCUUCUCUUCUUCCCCACUCUUCCAUAACUUGAACUUUACCACCAUGCCCAACAACAAGAACAUCACCAUCCGCGUGUUCCAGUCUCCGGCCAAGUAUGUCCAGGGACCUACGGCUAUCCAGGACGCGCCCCGCUACCUCAAGAACUUGGGCAAGCGCGCUGUCCUCAUCACGGACGACCUCGUUCAGAAGAUUGCGGGAGAAAGCUUACUCCAGUCGCUUCAUGACUUCGAAGUCAAUCGUGUGCAGUUUGGUGGGAAAGCCACGGUGGAGGAAGUCGAACGCAUCAAAGCAAUCUGCGUCGAGUACAAGACCGAUUUCGUCAUCGCAUUAGGAGGUGGACAGACGAUCGACGUUGGCAAGACUGUAUCCGAUGGCCUCGGAAUCGAGUGCGCCGUCAUGCCCACCACGGCUUCCACCGACGCACCCUGUUCCGCCAACGCCGUCCUCUACCGCCCCGACGGCGAGUUCGACAAGUACGCCUUCUUCAAGAAGAACCCCACCCUCGUCAUCGUCGACACCUCGAUCGUCGCCCGCGCGCCCGCGCGGCUGCUCGCCGCAGGCAUGGGCGACGCGCUCGCGACGAACGUCGAGGCGAAGCGCGCGCGCAACUCGCCCAAUUUCGGCGGGGGGAUGCCCGCGCUGAUCUCGACCGCGAUCUGCCAGAAGUGCGAGGAGAUUUUGUUCAAGCACGGCAAGCAGGCGUACGAGGCAUGCAAGGUGAACGCGAUGACGCCCGCGCUCGAGGCCGUCGUUGAGGCGAACACCUUGCAUUCCGGCUUGGGCUUCGAGUCCGGUGGGUUAGCAGCGGCGCAUGCGAUCCACGACGGCCUCACCUCCCUCGCCGGCCUGCACCACCUCCUGCACGGCGAGAAGGUCGCCUUCGGCAUCGUCUGCCAGCUCGUCCUCGACAACGCCGAGACUGCCGAGCUCGACAAGUACAUCGGCUUCCUCCUCUCCAUCGACCUCCCCGUCACCUUCGACAUGAUGGGCAUCCCGGACGUCACCGAGCCCGAACUGCGCCGCGUCGCGGACAUCGCGUGCGCGCCGGGGGAGACAAUCUGGAAUAUGGAGUCUGUGAUUACGCCGGAUGUAGUGUACCAGGCGAUUUUGGGCGCGGAUGCGGCGGGGAGGGAGUAUUGCGCAAGGGCUGGGUUCAAGCGAAUUUCGAGGAACGUCGAGACCCGCCCCGCAGUAUCGCGCUCGGGCACCGUGAACCUGAUCAAGGAUCUCAACCAGUUGAAGCUCUCGCAAGCCAACAAGUCAUGAGGUGUUCACCUUGGAUGAGACCCUCGCGCGGACUUGGAACCAUACACGCAAACUGUACUUGUAGCUAUAAGAUACCACCCAUGCUAUUGUAGAGUAGGACAUGUCUUAUAUCACAGUGCAAGAAACUAAUUAUUUUCCCGCA